AUCCCCCCAAAACACCUCUUAGACUGUAAAUUCGCUCUGUAGCGCCUAAAUCUAACCAAAUCUCAUCGUUUUAGCUUCAAUGGCCCGCACUAAGCAAACCGCCCGCAAGUCUACCGGUGGCAAAGCUCCCCGCAAGCAGCUCUCUACCAAGCAAGCCAAGAAGAGUGCCCCCUCCACCACUGGAGGUGUAAAGAAGCCUCACCGCUUCCGCCCCGGAACCGUCGCUCUUCGUGAAAUUCGCAAGUACCAGAAGAGUACCGAGCUCCUUAUCAGGAAGCUCCCUUUCCAACGUCUCGUUCGUGAAAUCGCUCAGGACUUCAAGACCGAUUUGCGCUUCCAGUCAUCUGCCGUCUUGGCUCUUCAAGAAGCCAGCGAGGCUUACCUUGUGUCGCUCUUCGAAGAUACUAACUUGGCUGCCAUCCACGCCAAGCGCGUCACUAUUCAACCUAAAGACCUCGCUCUGGCUCGUCGUCUCCGCGGAGAGAGAACUGCGUAGAUGAUGAACAUGUUUUGACAGUUGUUGCGGACACAUUUUGUGCGCCUGUUUAUUCUG